AUGGCUGUGCCACCUGUCCCACUGCCGCUGCUGCGACUGCUGCUUACCGUUUCCCUGGGCUCCGUCAGGCUCACGCGGGCUGGUGCCUACUAUGGGAUCAAGCCACUGCCACCUCAAAUUCCUCCUCAGAUCCCACCGCAAAUUCCACAGUACCAGCCCCUGGGCCAGCAAGUACCUCACAUGCCUUUGGGCAAAGACGGCCUUAACGUGGGCAAGGAGCUGCCCCAUGUGCAGUAUGGCAAAGAGUACCCACAUCUACCCCAAUACAUGAAGGAAAUUCAGCCGGCGCCCAGAAUGGGCAAGGAUGCAGCAUCCAAGAAGGGCAAAGUAGAAAUGCCAGUAGCCAGUUUACGAGGGGAGCAAGGUCCCCGUGGAGAGCCUGGCCCACGAGGACCACCUGGGCCCCCCGGGUUGCCAGGUCAUGGGAUACCUGGAAUCAAAGGAAAACCAGGGCCACAGGGAUACCCAGGAGUUGGAAAGCCAGGUAUGCCUGGAAUGCCAGGAAAGCCCGGGGCCAUGGGAAUGCCCGGGGCAAAAGGCGAGAUUGGACCCAAAGGAGAGAUAGGGCCUAUGGGGGUCCCAGGGCCACAAGGGCCUCCGGGCCCUCACGGACUUCCUGGCAUUGGGAAGCCAGGUGGGCCGGGGUUACCAGGGCCACCGGGUGCAAAGGGUGAGCGAGGGCCCAAAGGACCACCAGGACCUCCAGGCCUUCAGGGUCCCAAAGGAGAGAAGGGCUUCGGGAUGCCAGGUUUGCCAGGCCUGAAGGGCCCUCCAGGGAUGCACGGCCCUCCUGGCCCUGUCGGACUUCCAGGAGUGGGCAAACCCGGAGUGACUGGCUUUCCUGGGCCCCAGGGCCCUCUGGGAAAGCCAGGUCCUCCAGGAGAGCCUGGGCCACAAGGUCCUAUUGGGGUCCCCGGGAUUCAAGGACCUCCUGGGAUACCUGGAAUUGGAAAACCAGGCCAGGAUGGGAUCCCUGGGCAGCCCGGAUUUCCAGGUGGCAAAGGGGAGCAGGGACUGCCAGGGCUGCCAGGACCCCCAGGCCUUCCUGGGAUUGGGAAACCAGGCUUCCCAGGACCCAAAGGCGAAAGGGGUGUAGGGGGUCUUCCUGGGGUUCUGGGACCGAGAGGGGAGAAAGGACCAGUAGGUCCUCCUGGAGUGGGGGGUCCCCCAGGAGAGCCAGGCCUGCCUGGCAUCCCAGGUCCUAUGGGCCCUCCAGGUGCCAUUGGUUUUCCUGGACCCAAAGGAGAAGGUGGGAUUAUAGGGCCACAGGGGCCACCAGGUCCCAAGGGUGAACCAGGGCUUCAAGGCUUCCCAGGAAAGCCAGGUUUCCUGGGCGAAGUGGGGCCCCCUGGCAUAAGGGGUUUGCCAGGUCCCAUAGGGCCCAAGGGGGAAGCUGGGCUCAAAGGUUUGCCAGGGCUCCCCGGUGCUCCAGGGCUUCUUGGACCAAAGGGAGAACCAGGAAUCCCAGGGGUUCAGGGUUUACAGGGCCCCCCGGGCAUCCCAGGGAUCACAGGCCCUAGUGGCCCCAUUGGACCACCUGGAAUUCCAGGCCCCAAGGGGGAACCAGGCCUCCCAGGGCCCCCUGGGUUCCCUGGAGUGGGGAAGCCCGGGGUAGCAGGACUUCAUGGCCCCCCAGGAAAGCCCGGUGCCCUCGGUCCUCAAGGCCAGCCUGGCCUUCCUGGGCCCCCUGGCCCUCCAGGGCCCCCAGGCGCCCCAGCUGGGAUGCCCCCUACACCACCACCCCAUGGAGAGUAUCUUCCCGACAUGGGGGUAGGGAUUGAUGGUGUGAAGCCCCCCCAUGCCUAUGGGGCUAAGAAGGGCAAGAACGGAGGGCCAGCCUACGAGAUGCCCGCGUUUACCGCUGAGCUGACUGCACCCUUCCCCCCCGUGGGGGCCCCAGUGAAGUUUGACAAACUGCUCUAUAACGGCAGACAGAACUACAACCCGCAGACGGGCAUCUUCACCUGCGAGGUCCCCGGCGUCUACUACUUUGCAUACCACGUUCACUGCAAGGGGGGUAACGUAUGGGUUGCCCUGUUCAAGAACAACGAGCCUGUGAUGUACACGUACGACGAGUACAAAAAGGGCUUUCUGGACCAGGCGUCGGGGAGCGCGGUGCUGCUGCUCAGGCCCGGGGACCGCGUGUUCCUCCAGCUGCCCUCAGAACAGGCUGCGGGGCUAUACGCCGGGCAGUACGUCCACUCCUCCUUUUCAGGAUAUUUAUUAUAUCCCAUGUAAAAAAGAAAAGAGAGAGAGAGAGUUAAUAGAAGAAAUGAAAAUGACGCACCAAAAAAUCCAAAUGAAAAACAUAAUUGCUUCAAAACAUUUAUAUAGUUGGAAAGUUAUAUUUAAGUGAAAAUUUGAACCAUCAUGUACAAAUAAAAACUAAGAUGCAUGUUGAAUGCUCCGCACAGCAGCUUGUAAUUGAAAAGGAGGGGAUAGAUUUAUGUAUCAAGUACUGACACCCAUUGUACCCACUGGAAUCAUAUUAGCUGUUGUAUGUUAUAAGCUUCCAUGAUAACCUGCUUAUUCAGAUCAGUCAAAAUAUUUCAGUAUGAAAUCAUAGCUAAUGAAAGUCACUCACUCAUAUUGUUUAAAAUAUUUAUAAAUAUGGCUUAAAGAGAUGUCAAUGGUAACAAUUACAUACCGUAUUUACUUGCAUAAUUUCCUCUGUAUUUGUGCAGAUAUUUUGCCAUGGUUUGAGGGGGUGGGGAGUUCUGCAGUGUUAAUGCCCCACUGGGAGAGGCCAGGGGACCACGGUAGAACUUCAGUCCGAGGAAUGUUUCUCUCCCCACAGAGGCUGUGUCUUUAGCAACAGGAGUCCUACAAAGAAUCGUGUGUCUCGUGUCUCCAGAACGUGUGAACCAGUCAACGCUGUGUAUUUAUCCAGUGUCUUCUCCAUGCUAGCACUGGGUGAGACACUUCUGUGGGGCAUAGACAGGAGCUCACAAGCCAGCUGGGAGACAUGAGCAGUAAUUAAUUCAUUUAUUCCUCAAGGUUUCUUUUUGUUUGUUUUUUAUUCCUGUGAUUUUUUUUCUUUUUUCUUCCCUCCAUGUAAUUUCGACUAUGGCCCAACUAAUAUGAACACCUGGAAGUUACAAGAAAAAAAAUAAUAACCCUCUUCCCCAGUAACUUUCCAGUUUUCUGGAAUGUUCAUUAUCAAUAGCAGUUAUUGUGUUUACAUGCAUA